AUGGGUGCCUUGCUUUCGAUUCCGCUCCUGGCGGUGCCGAGCGUCUCGACGCUGCUCUCGUUUGGUGCCAGCUGUUGCGGUGCGGCAACAUGCUCCAUGGUCUGCAGUGCCUGUGGCAAAUGCGGCAACAGCAUUGCGACGCGCAUCGGCUAUGCGCUCAUCCUCGUCCUCAACUCGAUCCUGGCCUGGAUCAUGGAAACGCCCUGGGCCAUCAACAAGCUCGAACAUCUUAUGCUGGACUACGUCAAGAUCAACUGUCCGACCGGUCAGUGCUACGGCUGGCUGGCCGUGCACCGCAUUAAUUUUGCCCUCGGGCUCUUCCACCUCAUAUUUGCCGGCCUGCUCGUCGGCGUGUCCUCGUCCAAGCAUCCGCGCGCGGCCCUGCAGAACGGCUACUGGGGCCCCAAGAUCGUUGCCUGGCUCGCCUUUAUCGUGCUCUCCUUUCUGAUCCCCGAUGCCUUCUUCAUCUUCUGGGGCAACUACAUCGCGUUCGUCUGCGCCAUGCUCUUCCUCGUGCUCGGCUUGAUCCUGCUGGUCGACAUGGCUCACUCGUGGGCUGAGUACUGCCUGCAGCAGAUCGAGGAAAGCGAGUCGCGCGUGUGGCGCUACGUGCUCGUCGGCUCGACUCUGGGCAUGUACCUCGCCUCCAUCGUCAUGACGGUGCUGCAGUACGUCUUCUUCGGCGCCAGCGGUUGCUCUGUCAACCAGACCGCCAUUAGCUUCAACCUCGCCUUCCUCGUCCUCGCCUCGGCCGUCUCGGUUCACCCCCGCGUCCAAGAGCUCAAUCCGCGUGCCGGCUUGGCUCAGGCUGCCAUGGUCGCAGUCUACUGCACGUACCUGACCAUGUCGGCCGUGUCGAUGAAGCCGGACACCUCCGCCGACAAGCACUGCAACCCACUGCUGCUGGCCCAGGGCACGCGCACCACGUCCGUCGUCAUCGGCGCCAUCGUCACCAUGUUGACCGUGGCCUGGACCACCACACGGGCUGCAACGAACACCCUGGGCCUCGGCGGCCACGGUGCCAUCCGUUUGCCAGACGACGACGACGAGGACAGCUACUCGUCGCACGACCUGGUCACCCAGCAGCCGUCGCGCCGGGAGAUGCGUGCUGAGGCCCUGCGACGUGCCGUGGCCGAGGGAAGCCUGCCGGCCGAUGCGCUUCUGUCCGACGACGACGAUGAUGAUGACAGCAGUCACGAUGGCGGCAAUCAUACCGGCGACGACGAGCGCAGCAGCACGCAAUACAGCUACACCAUGUUCCACAUCAUCUUCUUCUUGGCCACCGCCUGGGUUGCCACGCUGCUCACCAUGAACUACGAGGACUCGACUAGGGACGGCGACUUUGCCACUGUCGGCCGAACCAACUGGGCUACCUGGGUCAAGAUUGUCAGCUCGUGGGUUUGCUACUCUCUGUACGUUUGGACUCUGGUGGCGCCUAUCCUGCUUCCUGGCCGGGACUUUUAG